UAAAAGUAAGAGGAUUGCAGAGAGAAGGCAAUGGCAAUGGAGAUAAUUCCAGGUCUUCCAGAUGACAUUGGCAGAGAGUGUUUGCUGAGGGUGCCAUUAACCUCACACUACAAGCUGGUCCGUGUUUGUAAAACUUGGAAACACGUUGUAUACAACGCCCUCUUCUAUCAAGACAGAAAGAGGUUUGGUCUGUGUCAGGAGUUGAUCAUACUAACUUGCUGGGAUAUUAAAAAAGAUUGGAGAAUAAAGCUUUAUGGCCCUCUCCAAAACUCAUGUCAAACCCUGCCGCAAUUUCAACUCAAACAUCCAUAUUUUCCAGGUUGGUCUUACUGUGUUCCCUUCAACCACAAAUUGUUCGUCAUAGGCCUUCUUAGCGACAACUUCCCAAGCGCACUUGUCAUCUACGAUUUUUCCUCUGGAAAAUGGAAGUGUGGCCCUAACAUUCCCGACAACAGAGAAUGUUCGUGUUGUUCGGUGGACUCAGCUAAAGGAUUGAUUUACAUUGCUGGACGAUGCUACAGUAGAGGGGAGGAACUGCGUACAGCGAUAGUUUAUGAUACAGAGGAAGAGAAAUGGGAGUAUCUUCCGCAGAUGAUUUGGAGUGAAGAUAGCGAUAUGUGGCACAGUGUGUUUAGUGAUGACAAGUUUUAUGUGGUGAGCCAUGCGAUGGGGCAGAUACAGAUUUAUGACCCCAACACACGACAAUGGAGCGCCAUAACCAUUAUCUCUGACGUCUGUAUGUACCCUUCUUUUUCUGCCUUCGGGUGGAUUUAUCACGAUUUCCACGAGAAAAUUGUAGAAUGGGAUUAUCUGGAAAACCAAUGUUUGCAUGUUCCUGACAACGGAUUUAUAGGUGCCACAGUGUGGAAUAAACAGAUGUUAAUGGCUGUAGAAGGUGAGGAAAACAGUAGAGACUUUUAUCUGUCUGAGCCUUCAAUACCUGAAGAAGCAGGAAAAGCAGAAGAAAACAACUGGACUCUGCUCAGUAGUUUGUCUGAAACAGAGCUGCCAGACGUCAUAACCAUUGGAGCUCUGACUUUGUGAUUCUUCCCACUCUUGAAAUUUUAGUGUUUUCUGAAUCUUCAUAAAGUGGAAAAUCUGUCUAUUUUUGUGAUUAGGAAAAAUCGGUGUUCUGAUGAUGUCUGAAACUUUAAAAACUAGAAAAUAAAUCUCUUUUUUUGAGUUUUCCAUCGG